AUGACAGCGACGCGGCGGGCGCAGCAUGAUGCCCCUGGUCUGAAUCCGGAUCCUCACGGCGGCCUUGAUGUCACCAAUGGCGCUGCCCUAUCGCCUUCGGACGUUGGUCUUCAGGACGAGAAGCGCCAACCGCCAAGGUCCCCAGACACAAGGCUGGACGCCGACUCGCCCAUCGCCUACUUCUAUCUCGACUUUGAUACCCCCCUGCCCACGGUCCCUCCUCAACACCAUGACCUGGGUCAUGACCCUCCAGCCGAUGGCGGCCGCGACGCCCUGCCGUCCUGCCCGGACCUUCGCCCGUACAUCUCGCCGUUGCAAUGGGGACCCGCGCGCAAGAACCUGCUCCUCGGUCUGGCAUGUACCGCCACCUUCCUAACUGCCUACACAGCCGGUGCCUACUCUCCGCCUGCCAACAUCAUGGCCCAUGACCUUGGCACAACGCGCAUCGUCGUUCUGGUCGGCAUCACCGUCUUCUGUCUCGGCUUCGCCAUUGCCCCCAUGGCCCUGGCUCCCAUCUCCGAGAUCUGGGGCCGCUAUCCCGUCUUUGUCGUCGCCGGCAUCAUCUUCGUCGUCUUUCAGGCCGUAUGUUCUGUUAUGCCAGACGUCGCCGGCAUGCUCAUCGCUCGCUUCCUGGUCGGCGUUGGUGCAUCCGUCUUCAGCUCCGUCGUUGGCGGACUCAUUGCCGACCUGUGGGACAAGGAAGAGCGUAAUACACCUAUGGCUCUCUUCAGCGGCUGCGUCCUCGCCGGCACCGGCGCCGGACCCCUGGUUGCGACCGCCCUCAUCGACGACAUCGCCGACCCUACGAUCGCCUGGAAAUGGACUUUCUGGCACCAGGUCAUCAUGGAUGCCAUUCUCGUUCUCGCCAUCGUCUUGUUCGGUAGUGAGAGCAGAGCCUCGGUCCUUCUGUCCCGCAAGGCCAAAGUCCUCAACGCCUGGUACGAGAAGCUGGAGCGACGGGGCGUCUACGGUUUGUGGAUCGCCCAACCUUCCGACAUGGUCGUCGCUGCCUCUGCGCGCUGUAGUAUACAGACUUCGACUGCCGACACGAACCCGAGUCAGCCAGAGCUCAAGGAUCUUAGCGGUGACGAUGAUCUCUCGUCGAGCAGCCGGCUGCAGCGGGUGCGAUGGGUGGUACGGGCCGACGAAGAGCGGCCGGCCCUGCCCAAGCUCAUUUCUCUUUCCGUUCGUCGGCCCUUUUACCUACUCCUGACGGAGCCCGUCGUCUUUUGGUUCUCCCUCUGGGCCGCCUUCUCUUGGGGUGUGCUUUACUUGUCCUUCUCCGUCGUUCCCUUCCUGUACAAGACGGAUCUCGACCGCUCGAGCCGCGUCUACGUCUCCAUGAUGGUAGCCGCCGCCGUUGCCACGGCUGUCAGCAUCGUCCAGGAGCACCUCCUGAAACACCCGCAGUGGCGCACGCACCCGGAAGACUCGUCGUUCCGCUACUCGGACUCGCGGCUUUGGGCUUUCAUGCGCCGUAGAUUCCCCGCCGAGGCGCCCGAGGCGCGGCUUUACUUUGCCUGCAUCACCGCCAUGAUGCUUCCCGCCGGGUUGUUCGGCGGCUUCCUAUGCCCCCGCGACAUGGACGGCUACGCCGAGGCCGUCGGGCUGGGCUUCGCCCUCUGGGGCAUCUACUCCGUCUACCUCGCCACCUUCAACUACCUCGCCGACACGUACCACAUCUACGCCUCGUCGGCCCUCGCCGCCCAGAGCUUCUGCCGCAACGUCCUCGGAGGCGCCUUUCCCCUGCUGACGAGCGCUAUGUUUACCAAGCUUGGGCUGCGCGGCGCGGGCGGCCUUCUUGGCGGUAUCGCGACGGUCCUGACCGUGACACCUUGGGUUCUCGUAUUCUGGGGGGAGAGGAUCCGCGCGCGCAGCAAAUUUGCCAUUUCUUUGCAACAUAACGACUAA